CCAACAACAAGGCGCGAGCACCGAGAAUUUUUGGGCUUGGUGCUUGGAAAUUUUGUGCUAAAAAAGGAUCCCGAUCGAUAAAGCGAAACAUGAUGAACGCCGAAACACCCACCGGAAGUCGCAGCAUCACGGAGACCAUCACUCCAACCGAGCCGAUUGCCGGAACCAGCGUCAACGCCGCCGAGAACCCACCGGUCCUUCACCUGCGGCUGCAAAAACCGCGCAGCGAACGGAAGGUGCAGUGGACAAACGGUACGGUUGAUAACGAGCACAUGAACAAGAAGAAAUCCAAAUGUUGCUGUAUUUACGAGAAGCCGCGCGCAUUCGGGGAAAGCUCGUCGGAGAGUGAGGACGAGUGCGAGCACUGUUUUGGGCAUGUUGAGCUGAAAAAGAAGAACCGCAAUCCUCGGUCCACUCCUGUUCCACCGGUUCCCGCUAAGCCGGACGAUCACGAUGAUGACGGUACUGGGGGCGACUCCGAUGCGGUUGAUGGUGUUCCAAAGGAUGGCCAUGCCGGCUGCGGAACGCCACAAGCUUGAGAGACACCAAAGCAAAGCAAGAUUCCAACCCCGAUGCUCAACGGAAACGCAACGGUACGCUGAGAAUGAGAACCAGUUUCGCCAUCUUAUUGGUCGUAUUUUGUUUUAGAUUGUACAUAGAGGAUUAGUGCAAAUUACUGGCAAGUUAUCUAUUAAACUAACUAUAUUUAUU